CAACAUCCGAAAUUUGCUGCCAAACGGAGGUGGACAUGCAGCAAACCCAAACCCAGCAAUAUGCUUCGAGAGGCAGUCAUGUCCACCUCCGACAAAUUGAUGGUGGAACCCCCGUCUGCGUACCCCAUCACUCCAUCCAGCCCUCUGUACACCAACACAGACAGUCUUACUGUGAUCACUCCAGUCAAAAAGAAGCGGGGCCGACCAAAGAAGCAGCCUUUGCUUACAGUUGAAACCAUUCAUGAGGGUACCUCCACCAGCCCGGUCAGUCCCAUCAGCCGAGAGUUUCCUGGCACCAAGAAAAGAAAGAGACGGCGCAACUUAGCCAAGUUGGCCCAGCUAGUGCCGGGAGAGGACAAACCCAUAAGUGAGAUGAAGUUUCACAAAAAAGUUGGAAAGCUCGGUGUGUUGGAUAAAAAGACCAUCAAGACUAUCAAUAAGAUGAAGACGCUCAAAAGAAAGAAUAUCUUGAACCAGAUCUUGUCCUGCUCCAGCAGCAUUGCCCUGAAGGCCAAAGCUCCCCCGGAAACCAGCCCUGGGGCAGCAGCCAUUGAAAGCAAACUGGGCAAGCAGAUUAAUGUCAGCAAGAGAGGAACCAUCUACAUUGGCAAGAAGAGGGGCAGGAAGCCAAGGGCGGAGCUGCCACCCCCAUCUGAAGAACCCAAAACAGCCAUCAAGCACCCAAGGCCUGUUUCUAGCCAGCCGGAAGUCCCAGCCGUGCCUUCCAACUUUCAGUCCCUUGUGGCAUCUUCACCAGCAGCUAUGCACCCACUCUCUACGCAGUUAGGUGGGUCCAAUGGCAACCUGAGCCCCGCCAGCACUGAAACCAACUUUUCAGAGUUGAAAACUAUGCCAAAUCUCCAGCCCAUCAGUGCUCUUCCAACCAAAACCCAAAAGGGAAUUCACAGUGGAACCUGGAAGCUAUCUCCACCCAGGCUGAUGGCCAACUCCCCGUCACACCUCUGUGAGAUUGGCUCACUCAAGGAAAUCACGCUGUCCCCUGUGAGCGAAUCCCACAGCGAGGAGACAAUCCCCAGUGACAGUGGCAUCGGGACAGACAACAACAGCACGUCUGACCAGGCGGAGAAGAGUUCAGAAUCCCGACGGAGGUACUCUUUUGACUUCUGCUCCCUGGACAACCCAGAGGCCAUUCCGUCCGACACCAGCACAAAGAACCGGCAUGGCCACCGGCAAAAGCAUCUCAUCGUGGACAAUUUUCUGGCCCACGAAAGUCUCAAGAAGCCAAAGCACAAGAGGAAACGGAAGAGCCUGCAAAACCGCGAUGACCUCCAGUUUCUGGCAGACCUGGAGGAGCUCAUCACCAAGUUCCAGGUGUUCAGGAUCUCCCACCGGAGUUAUACCUUUUACCACGAGAAUCCAUAUCCCAGCAUUUUUCGGAUUAAUUUUGAUCACUACUACCCGGUGCCAUAUAUCCAGUAUGACCCGUUGUUCUAUCUUCGCAGGACUUCAGACUUGAAGUCAAAGAAGAAGCGUGGUAGGCCUGCAAAAACCAAUGACACCAUGACAAAGGUGCCUUUUUUACAAGGGUUCAGCUACCCUAUUCCCAGCGGAAGUUACUAUGCACCCUAUGGAAUGCCUUACACAUCAAUGCCUAUGAUGAACCUUGGCUAUUACGGUCAGUACCCAGCUCCUCUGUACCUGUCACACACGCUCGGAGCAGCGUCUCCAUUCAUGAGGCCAACAGUGCCACCACCUCAGUUCCAUGCGAGCUCCCACGUAAAGAUGUCCAGUGCAGCUAAGCAUAAAGCAAAGCACGGAGUGCACCUGCAGGGACCCGUCAGCAUGGGACUCAAUGACAUACAGCCUUCCCUGAACCCGCCCAAGGUCAGCAAUGCUGGACUAUCUGGUGGUCGGCUCCACAAGAGAAAACACAAACACAAGCAUAAGCACAAGGAAGACCGAAUCCUGGGGACCCAUGACAACCUGAGCGGGCUCUUUGGAGGCAAAGCCACCAGCUUCUCCAGCCACAUUCUGAGUGAGCGACUAGGUGGUGUGGACAAGGAGCUCCCGCUG